CUGGAAUCGGAGAGGCGAAAUGACACCAGUUGGUGAAAGCCUUCGGGAAGCCAAUUGGGCCGAUGUGUCUCCUCUCCCUUGAUGAAAGCGAAAGUAAACGUGGGGACAUGGAAUGUCCUUACGAUGUUUGAACCCAGUAAGGCAGCCCAGAUUGCAAAGGAGAUGAGAAGGUAUCACAUCGAAGUGCUUGGGAUUUGCGAAAGCAGAUGGAAUGGGAGUGGACUCUGCAAACUGUCAACUGGAGAAUCAAUAAUCUACUCCGAUAUUGUCACCCAGACGACAACCACGAGCACACUGAGGGAGUGGCUAUCAUGAUGUCCCCAACAGCAUCGAAGGCUCUCAUGCAGUGGAAACCAAUCUCCUCCAGGAUCAUGACAGCAAGAUUCAACUCAAAAGGAAGAAAGGUCACAAUCAUACAAUGUUAUGCACCUACAAAUAACGCAGAGCAAGAGAAAAAGGAGGAUUUCUACAGACAACUCCAAUCAACACUGGACAGGACGUCAGUUGGCGAUAUCAAAAUUCUAAUGGGCGACAUGAAUGCCAAACUGAGAGGGGACAACACAGGAAGAGAACUAACCAUGGGUCGAGAGGCGCUAGGUGAAAUGAACGAGAAUGGAGAAUUGUUUGCAGAAUUCUGUGCAUUCAGUGAUUUGGUGAUUGGAGGCAGUGUGUUCAAGCACAAGGAUUUCCACAAAGCGACAUGGAUUUCACCAGACACCAGGACACAUUAAAAAUCAAAUCGACUUUAUCUCAAUCUCAAGAAAAUGGAGACGCAGUCUACUUAACACAAGGUCAAGAAGAGGAGCAGAUUUAGGUUCACACUUCUCACUAUCUAGUGCAAGGAACCUUCCAAAUCAAGUUGAAAGCCUUCAAGGAAGCUGGUGAUAGACC